AUGCCAAAGCCUACGGACGCUCCCUUCACUCCUCCCUCUUCCUAUUCUCCUCAAAAGCCGAUUGCAAGGCUGGACCUUGGCUUCGACUCUCCCUCUGACGACGUGCUAGACGCUGAUAUUUUCAACAUGACUGGCACAGGAUCACCACAACCAUACAUCAAAGAGGAGGUCGACGAAAUGUCCUUCAACACCCGCUUCAUGGCCCACAACAGCCUAGACAUGGGCCAUCAGUACACCAACGCCCAGUUCUCGGGCAAUGAGAACGCAGGCAACAUCAACCCCUCCGAUCUCAACAUGAGCGGGAGUAUGAUGGGUAACCACUUCGGCACCAACAGCUACAUGCAGGGUGGAGCUGGUAUUGCCGACGACGAGCUUGCUGAGUCACUGGGCCCCUUUGAGCAGCAGCCGAGCUUCGGUGGCUUCUCUCAGGAGCAGUCUGGCCAGCAAGACUACUACCACAGCCACACCAACAAUGCUAGCAUCGGUCAGGUCUACUCCAACACCCCAGACGACCUGCCCAUUCACAGUCCAUUUGUCCACCCCGGAAACUUUGACUUUAACCAGUACCAGUCAGGACCACAAAGAAUGAGCUUCGCUGGUAGCAUGCCGAGCGGCUCCAUGCGCCAGCGUAUCACCAUGAGCAGGACUGCGUCGGACAACCGCGCUCCCAUGUCGCCCAAAACACCUGCCAUGGCAGGACUCCAUCUUGGCACUCCAGACUCGGGUAACUUUACGACCCAGCCUAUCAUGACCAACGUGCACAGACACCAAAAGAGCAUGUCUGGUCAGUGGGAAGGCACUCCGGGGAGUGCUCACUCGUGGAUUGACUCACCAACUGCAUCCCCUCACACCGGCGGACUGCACCACCAACAAAUCACCGACGUCCUGCACUCGGGCAAGCACAACUCGCUACCCGCAAAGGUCGACAUCGGACAGAAUGCCGAUGCGAAGAAACGCAGACGUCGUGAGUCUCACAACUUGGUGGAGCGUCGCCGAAGGGAUAAUAUCAACGAGCGCAUCCAUGACUUGUCUCGUCUCGUACCUCAGCACCGGCUCGAGGAUGAGAAGAUCCGCAAGCACAUCAACAACAAUGGUCCACUGUCACCAACCAUGACUGCUGGUGGCAUGUCACCGCCACAAGCAACAUCACUCCUGGCUGGUGGCAAUGGAAGACGGGCCGCUGGCAACAUCACACAAGGACUGCCAAUUGAAGAGAAGGACAAGGGGCCGAACAAAGGAGACAUUCUCAACGGUGCCGUCAGCUGGACCCGUGAUCUCAUGUGGAUGCUCGCCAAGAAGAUUGAGGAAUGCGACCAACUUGCUGAACGACUGCGAGAGGCGACCGGCCAAGAGUGGGCUUCUGAGCAGACUGAAGAGGAGAAGCGCAUGAAGACCGAGAUCCUCGAUGCUCUCGACAAGAACGGACAAAGCUCUUUCCGCUACUCGCGCGGCCCAGGCUCAGGACUACGGGUGCCCAAGCAUACCAAUCUAGCCGGAGAACCACUCAAUGGCGCCUCUCCCCAAAGCCUCAGUCCAGGCAUGCAAAGCACUGGCAGCGGCUCUGGGUCAAACCAGCAACAAUACUGGACCAGCCUGAAGGAGGAAGAUGAGUACGGUAUGGAGAUGGGCUGA